CGAAGCUCAUUCAAGGACAACUUUGUUUUGAAGUUAAAACUCGUAUUACUUUACAUCUAAAAGUGUUAACGAGGUUUACAAUCGCAGUUACAAAACCACUGAAGUUUAGAAAAUGAGAACCAGCCACCCACAAUACACAAUUAUGGUGGAAUUCAUGGAAAAGCAUGGAGACUUGUCUAAACCCAGCGGAGGCCCUCGUGGGAGACACUACGUACAGCUAAAAUGGAAGGAGCUGUCGGAUAUGCUCAAUAGUGAUGGCACAGGCGACUCUAGAACAGAGGAAAAGUGGCGAAAGGUUGAUGUUGAGGAGGAAGAGAGCUUGUCAGGUACUCAUCUACAAGAAACAAACACAAAAACAAUAAAUGAAGUUAUUGUUGAUGACAUACCUAUAAAACUAACACCCGUUGCUGACGGUUGGUAUAUUUUUAAUUUAAAUACUUUAGAUUACCUUUUGAGUUUGAAAUAACUAGUACUAAAUGAAUUAUAA